AGCGGGCAACGUGAGUAAGUUAUUGAUCCCAGCCCACAGAGGAGCAGGAUGCGCCUUUCUGCAAGCGUCGCGUUGGGGGUGGGGUGUGUGUCGGUGGUUCAGGUGUCUUCGUUCGCGUUCGUGCCGUUGGGGGCAACACCAUCAGGGUGCACAUCUUGUACAGCACACUCGUCACAGGCAACCAGCGGGAGUGGCAGCAGCUCGCGCGUACGGCCGGGCAGACUGUUGGUGGCCUUGUCCGCCGCGGACGGCGAGGGGGGCAGCGACUCGGGGGAGGAAACGGCCGACGAUGAUACCUCUAGCGCGGUGGCGACGAAGCCGAAGCGGAAGGUGAACCCGGAGUUGGACGACCUCGUGAGCGAGAUGGCGGGAAGGAGCGACGACGAGCCCAUCGUCAUUCCGCGUGGGGCCGGGAUUGCGCCCAUGGCGCCGGGGCCGAUCAAGCCUGAUCCCAUCCCCGGAAUGGACGACGACGACAUCCCUGGCAAGAUCGUGCUGCCGCCGGAGGUGCUCGCGGAGCAACAGAAGGGGCUCGAGAAGAUCGCACAGCAGCUGAGGAGGGAGCGGCUUGACAAGGAGGCGGAGGACGCAAUCACCUUCGGCUUCUGCCCCAGGGCAGAGCUGUGGAACGGGAGGUCCGCGAUGUUUGGGAUCACGGUGGGCAUGCUCACGGAGUACUGGACAGGGCAAAGCAUCCCCCAGCAGAUAGAGACGUUCGCGCAGCUCUUGGGACUGUUGCCUUUGGACUACGACACGUACUUCCAGUAGCUGACUGACGAUACACGCGGGACGCGUUUUAGUCUUGUAUGUGCGUGCCUCCUCCCCCAGUUUCGUCUCUUAUAUUGAUAAAACUCUUAAAACGAUGUCGAAGCUGAUCGACAGGUGUGUUGUGUAUUGUAGUCUUUCGUGCAUGCUUGAGGUUGAAGAAAGAGCCCCCCCUAGGCAGUAGCAUUAGCACUGCGUUUUACGACAAAAUCGUGGGGCGUUGUCCAUCGCGGUUUCGUGCUUGGUGGGUCUCUCUCACAUGGGAAGGGAUAAGGGACUCGCGUGUCCUGACCCAUCGCGCUACGACUGACAAGCAAGACAUUGUAAGCUACAAAAUGUCAUGAGAGUAGUGGAUAGAUUGGGGAAACGUUUUGAGGUCGCUAGAGGCCGACCUAGCUCGUGCCUAAAGUCAACACUCGUUUUUUUUUUCGACAUUGACUGCGAGCCUGGGUAGUUUGAUGUUGAGUCUCCAACACAGUUCUCGCUGGCAUUGGCUGUGCCAGCUUGGUGUUUACCAUUGUGCAUUGUCGUCAGAGUGGAGUUGGCAAGGGCGUACAUAAGGCAAACGGGUUAGGCGGGACGAAGGAACGGGUUAACUUCAUAUCGCGUGGCGUUGAACUAUUAAUAGGUGAAGGAAUUAGAGUAAGCCAAUUCGCUGGUAGCUUUGGCCACUAUCUGAGGCUUUGCUCGUGGUCUCAUUUUGCAGAUGGGGUGGAUGUCCUUAUCCGUAACACUGGCGCACGCGACACUUUUUCGAGGAAUUUGAUUCACCGUCUUCGUGAUACUAUUGUACUCGAGAAAACGGUCUCUGCUUGUCAUGACCACGAGAUAGAUAUAGAGAAACGCCUGCAGGAACGGUUGCACGUGGCGUGUAGUUGUGCUCGUAGGUCUCGGCGGGAGAUAACUGGUCGUGAUGUGGCCGUAGGUGCGCAACUGCUGUCUGUGUGAUUGCUUCUAUCUUCUACCCAACAAAGAACUAUUUACCUAAUCCACACGCAUAGUUCUGUUUGAACUCCUUUCCUUUGGCGACUCUCUCCCAGGGUGUUCAAUCGUUCCCACACGCCCAGUGCUCGGAGGGCAGAAGUGCAAUUUUUUGGGUGAGCCAAGG